AAAACUAAAAAUCACCGAGUAGUUUAUGAUUAAUGAGGUGGCAACAUUGUGCUGAUUGACAUUACUGUAUCUGUGAAUUUUUAAAUGUCUUUCUUUUUAUUUCAGCACGUGUAGACGCUGACGACUUGCUUAUCAUCCCAUAAAACUAAUUUAGGUAACCAAAAUGCCGUCUGAUGCAAAGAAAAGGGCUCAACAGAAGAAGAAGGAACAGGCGAGCAACAGGAACAAGAAACCUGUGGCUAGAGUGACAAAUGAUGAGAAUGGUUCUGCUACUAACGGUAACAAGGAAGAGCGAGAGCUCACCGCAGAAGAGGCACUAUGUCUUAAACUUGAAGAGGAGGCUAAGAUGAACUCUGAAGCCCGAUCAUGUACUGGUUCGCUUGCUGUCCACCCGAGGUCGAGAGACAUCAAGAUAGCUAACUUCUCCAUCACCUUCUAUGGAAGUGAACUACUGCAAGACACUCUUCUGGAGUUGAAUUGUGGACGAAGAUACGGUCUCGUGGGAUUGAAUGGAUGUGGCAAGUCGUCGUUGCUGGCCGUGCUAGGUCGUCGCGAGGUGACUAUACCCGCGCAUAUUGACAUUUUCCAUCUGACGAGGGAGAUGCCCGCCUCCGAUAAGUCUGCACUUCAAUGUGUCAUGGAAGUCGAUGAGGAGAGGAUCCAGUUGGAGAAGCUCGCCGAAGAGUUGGCGCAGUGCGAGGAUGAUGACGCUCAGGAACAGUUAAUGGACGUGUAUGAUCGACUGGAGGACCUGAGCGCCGACACGGCAGAAGCGCGCGCAGCUAACAUUCUACACGGUCUUGGCUUCACCAAGGAAAUGCAACAGAAGGCAACAAAGGACUUCUCAGGAGGUUGGCGUAUGCGUAUCGCGCUGGCACGUGCGCUGUACGUGAAGCCUCAUCUUCUGCUGCUGGACGAGCCCACCAACCAUCUGGAUCUCGACGCCUGCGUGUGGCUUGAGGAAGAACUCAAACACUACAAACGUAUCCUCGUGCUGAUAUCUCACUCGCAGGACUUCUUGAACGGCGUAUGCACUAACAUCAUUCAUAUGAGCAAGCGCCGGCUCAAGUACUAUACGGGCAAUUAUGAAGCCUUCGUCAGGACUCGGAUGGAACUGCUGGAGAACCAGAUGAAGCAGUACAACUGGGAGCAGGACCAGAUCGCUCAUAUGAAGAACUAUAUUGCGCGGUUCGGUCACGGUUCCGCCAAGCUGGCCAGACAAGCUCAGUCCAAGGAGAAGACACUGGCUAAGAUGGUGGCCCAGGGAUUGACGGAGAAAGUUAUCGAUGACAAGAUCCUUAACUUCUACUUCCCAUCGUGCGGGAAGGUGCCGCCCCCUGUUAUUAUGGUGCAGAAUGUGUCAUUCCGGUAUACUGACUCAGGCCCAUGGAUUUACAAGAACUUGGAGUUCGGUAUCGACCUCGAUACACGUCUCGCACUUGUAGGACCUAAUGGAGCUGGCAAGUCCACACUCCUUAAAUUGUUAUAUGGAGAUCUCGUCCCGUCCACUGGUAUGAUCCGUAAGAACUCUCACUUGCGUAUCGGUCGUUACCACCAGCACUUGCACGAGCUGCUGGACUUAGACCUGUCACCGCUCGACUACAUGAUGAAGGAGUUCCCUGAAGUCCGAGAGCGGGAAGAAAUGCGCAAGAUCAUCGGACGAUACGGACUCACCGGACGACAACAGGUGUGUCCGAUGCGUCAAUUGUCUGACGGGCAGCGGUGCCGCGUUGUGUUCGCUUGGCUUGCGUGGCAGACACCGCACCUCCUCCUCCUUGACGAACCUACCAAUCAUUUGGACAUGGAGACUAUCGAUGCGCUAGCGGACGCUAUCAACGAUUUCGACGGCGGAAUGGUACUCGUGAGCCACGACUUCAGGCUUAUUAACCAGGUCGCGGAGGAAAUCUGGAUAUGUGAGAAUGGAACCGUCACAAAAUGGCAAGGCGGCAUUCUCAAAUACAAGGACCAUCUCAAAUCCAAGAUCAUGAAGGAGAAUGCAGAGAAUGCGAGCAAUGCUCGUAAAUAGCCCAAUAUCUAGCUGUAACCCUUAGAUUAUGUUCGUGCGUCGCGCGGCGCUCCCUCUCCACCUGCGACUGAUAUACUGGCUACUCAUGACAUUCUUGUGUAACAUCAACCAUGUGAAAGCCAGUGCAAUAUCAUAACAAAGCAAUUUCCCUGUUAAUGCUAAGAUCACCCGGCCGGUCCGACACUGGUGCAGUCAGCUCUCUGAUCAACAUCUUAUUAUUGUGGACACUGUUUGUAUGCAAUUAUAUCUUAACUCGUGAAACUAAGCCGUGUUAAGGGAGAUGCUUCAAGGUAGUUCGCGAAAUAUACGUUUUCUUAAGUUUUUGCAAUUUACAGCUCGAUAUAUAUAUAUAUAUAUAUAUUUUUUUUGAUGAGACGUUGCAGCUCGACAUUAGGAUUUUCUCCUGUCGUGGGUGCGUUUACAAACAUACAAGUUCACAUACACGUGACACCCAGACCCGGAACAAUAAUCUGUGGAUCACACAAAGAGUUGUUCCGUCCGGGAAUCGAACCCGCGACACGUUGCACGGCAGCCAGUGGCCUAGCCACCGCGCCAACUGUGCAGUCAGUCAGUCAUAUUGGAUAGUAUGAUGACAAAAUAUAUAUUCGCGGUUGUAAACACAGUUAUACUUGUUCAUUUAAUUACUUGUUGUGAUUUUAAUUUCACAGGCUAGCAUGAAGCAUUCACCUUGAUAUUACAAAACACUUAACAUAUUUACUUAAGACAAUUUACUUAAAGCACUUAACUGCAUUGAUCGUUGUGAAGAACAGUUCAAUUUGUGUAUUACUUAAAUCGUACAAGGGUAACGUCUAGCAGUAGUCUAAAUUAUCUGUUAACUCCUAGUUUAAUACAUGAAUGUUCCGAGAUUUAAUAUAUCUAUGUUAUGUACAUUAGUAAAUCAAAAUCUACAUAUAAUACUUAAAUGUUAAUGUUUUAAAAGCAAGUUCUGUAUCUGUAAUGUUUGUUGAUAUCUGGCGACAUGGUCGUAGUGAAAAACUGCGACUGAUGUAGAGGCUGUACUUAGUCACAGGUGUAGUAGAGAUUCUCGCUCAGACCAGUUUGUGAUCGACAAUUAUUAUAGGAUUGUGAUUCCUUAAGCUGCCUAUUGAAGCUUAGUUAUAUAGUGGUAUUUAAAUAAUUAUGUGAUAUAUUUCCCAGAUGCCUUAAGCUUAGCCGUGGCCAGAUUGAGCCUAACGUAAGCGAACUGACCGCAGCUAUGUUUAAGAUUAUAUUAUAUGUUAACUAUCGCCUGGGAAAUUGCCACAAUGUUAGGUCACUUACAUUUGGUUGUUCACAUCAUGUAGUGAAGGCCCACACAUUUUAUAACGAAAAAAUUUAUUACAAUUUGAAUUUAAUGUAUUCACUAUUCAUUGAAUUGAAUUUAUUACAAUAUACAUUCAUACAUAGUAUUUGAAAUUUAUAUCAACCUAUACACUUUUUAUAAGUAAGUAUAGAAAAAUGGUGGUUCUAUUUUUGGAAAUAAUUUAACUAUCUUAAUUUUUCUCCACAUUUAACAGCAAAAUAGCGAUUUCGUUUUUAAUUAUGUUUGACAAAUUAAUUAUGAAAUUGGGGUACUUAUCUAUCAUGGUAUGAUGACUAGCAAAGUAUUUUAUGAUUAUAGGUAAUGCGUUGUACGUUGUUAUACAUUAUUAGAAGAAAUUAUAUUUAAAAAUGUGAAUUUAACGACCUACAUCUUUAUGAUUUGGCAACAAUAAUGUAUAAACCUUAGUAUUGAUAUGAAGAUUAAACUUAAAAAUAGUCAAUCAUAACGUAACUGCAUAUUUCCUAACACUGAACAUGACCAUUUCAAUUUUAUAUGCACACACAUCUUAUUCAAUUUUAGAUUAAUAUGCAUAAUAUCCGAAGUACCUAAUCUAUAGCAGUAUUUAGGGUAAAUAGAUGGUAAGACCAGUUCACUCGCGAGUGUGGCGUGGUUUGAAGCUUACUAGUGUUGUAAGAGAAUGUGAUGUAUCAUUUGAAAGCGCCUUCAGGAACAAGGUCCGCGUGAUUGUCGUGUGGUAAGCGACCAAAUGUAUGAUUAGAAACUCGUGAACUGCGUCAUGGUGGUAACUAGAUGUAAUAGUGAAUGUUUCGGCUUACAUAGGUAGCGACACGGAUGCCUUCUAAAUAGUUUUUGAUUACAUUAUUUAUAUUAAUUUUAUCCAAUAUUACAAGUAUGCCUCGACUGCUCAUUUACUUAACUGAUCAAUCUGUACCAAGCCCAUGAUGUUCUUAUGUGUUGCUCUGCCCCUUAUAUAACAUAUUCAAUUCAAAUCAAUCUAUUAUAUAUAUAUAGGGUGUCCCAAAAUUAACGCAAGAUUUGAAUCAAAUAGAAAACGCCGUUUUUAGUGUUUUGAUAGUUAUAUUUUUAUUGACUCGUAAAGUACAUAGGAUAGGGUUAUGUAUGGAAUAACACAUCGGACAAAUGGCCUCCACGGCUUUAUGCACAUGCACUUUUUUGUUGAAAUUUUCCAUGACUAUUCUGCAUAAAUGUGGCUGAAUUUCGUUGAUGCAGCGUUAAAUCUCCUCCUUUAAUGCACGGGUGGUUGUGGGCUUGUUGACAUAGACUUGUGAUUUCAAAUAACCCCAUAAAAAGAAGUCUAAUAGUGUUAAAUCACACGAUCUAGGAGGCCAAUUUUGAUCACCGAAACGAGAGAGUACACGACCUGGAAAUGUCUCAUGCAGUAAAUUUAAUAAUGAAGACACGUUGUUCUAUCGUGUAACGCUCCAUUUUUAAUAACCCUAUACUGUUAGCUGUCAAAUUGCUUUUUUUUCAGGGUUGCCAACACUUCACUGCAUAAAUGGCAGCAAAUUCAAAUCUUGCGUUAAUUUUGGGACACCCAAUAUAAUACCUUUACUUUUGUUUUAAUGAAAUGUUGUUUGAUAAUGACAAAGUAGGUGUAAUAUGUUAUGUAAUUUGGUCUAUAUUGUUGUUUUAUCCAUAGGCCUAUCAGUUGUAGUUAAUGUACUGAUGGAAAAUGAAAGGUUUCUUAACAGACCAAUGGUUGUAAAUGUUCAAAAUAUUAAAUUUUUUACUUAAUUUAUAUAUGAUAACCGAAUUUUAAGUGAGAUUUUUAAAUAACUUAAUUAACAUCUAAAAUCUUGUUAUUAAUAUGCUAAUAAGCCGUAGAGAAAAUAUCAUAGAAAUAAUGACUAACCCUAAUAUCAUUGUCAACCAGAAUAGUUUUGUCUUAGAAAAUGUUAUCCUACAACAACAUCAAGUGCUGUUGGUUUGCAAUAAUUGAAUAUUUUGCAGGGCGAGUGUGGUUACCUGUGUAUUUAUAUACAUAAAUAUAUCUUAUUUGAAUGUUAUUCUACUGAAGUUAUUUUUAAUAGAAAAUGUGUUACAGCCUGCACCUAACCUGCGUAAUAGUAUUAACUUGUAUUCUAUGGGGUUUAAUUGUUAAAUUUCCAUUUCUAAAAGCUUGAUCUGAGGCAAAUUAAUAUGAAUCAAUAAAAUAAUACACAUGGA